UUUCAAAUUUUCAUUUGACAGUUUGAUUUCUCAAACAAAUAAAUAAAACCAAAAAAAUUCCGUAACGGAACCUUUUUCAUUUUUAUGCAAACAUGACUGAGGUUGUAAAAGUCUUAAUCCGAGAGCGGAUCACAUCCAACUCAGACCAAGGCAGUGCAAUUCGGCACUGUGAUCUAGUAAAAAAUAGAAUUUUCGUGGAGGAUCGACCGUUCACUGUAGGGAAAGUAUUCAGAUCUACAGCGACACAGGAAGAUGUAUAUGCUUCCAUUGAACCAUUGGUUCAGAAAUUCCUUCAGGGCUAUUCGUGCAAUGUUAUGGCUUACGGGCAAAGUGGAACAGGCAAGUCCUUUACCAUGGGACUGCAAUCUGACAAUUUCGAAAACUCAAGCUGUGGAAUAGUUCCUCGAGCGCUACGAGAAAUAAUGGAAUUCACCAGCAUCCCGGACAACGAAACGACGGUUGAGAUUUCGUUUUUCGAAAUCUACAACGAAAAAGUAUUCGAUUUGUUGUCGGACAAGACUGAUGAACACAUAAAUACAAAAGGCUCAAAAUUCACCGGUGGUGUGAAACGGCCAUUACGGAGUUUAUUCGACGCCGAGCUAGUACUGAUCGAAGGUAAUAAAAAUCGGCGCACCCGACCGACAGCAAUGAAUACAAACAGUUCACGAUCGCACGGUAUCGUAGUCAUUUACCGAAAGACGAAAGAUUCGUCAUCCACAUUCCACAUGGUCGACCUGGCCGGAUCUGAGGGCGUUCGUCGCACCGGUCAUAAAGGUGAAGCACUGGCUGAAGGAUCGCACAUUAAUCGUGGACUGCUGGGAAUUGGUAACAUAUUCAAAGCGUUGUCGGAUGGCAGCUGUCGGGUUCCAUAUCGGGACACUGUCUUGGGUUCAGUUUUGCAAGAUUCACUGAAUUUGAACGGUUUUUCGACGCUGGUCAUUUGCAUUAGUGCGAUGCGAAAUGAUGUUAGCGAAACCAUUAAUUCGCUCACCUUUGCACAGAGAGUGAUGAACAUGAAAAUCAAUCCGAAAAUACAAUACACUGUGCCGGACAGCAAGAAAAAACCGAAGAAAGACGAAUCCUUCAGCAUCUUGAAUCAAGAGAAUUUUGAGACUCCGAUCGCCAUGAAACGACCACUUGCAUCUUCAACUGCACAGCGAUCAAAAUUUCGACCGAAUCUACACAAAAUCACAGAACUACAAGCCCCCAUCGCAUUGACCAGUCGACCCAUUAAUCCACAGCUGCUUGAUCUACAAAAUUCUCAAUUGAUGGAAAGUCCAACCGUCAAGCAAUGCUUCGACGCAAUGAAACGAACUCUGCAGAAGAGAAAUAUUCGAAUAAAUUCGAUAAACUUCUCCGAGAUUGAAGGAACAUUAACAUCAGAUAGUGAUAGCGGUGAGCUCAAUUCAACGGUUAUUCAACGGUUACCAAUGGAAGCGGAGGAAGUCAAGGACCCAGUUACUAAUUCAUCCGAAUAUAUGACCAAGGAGGAAUGUAUUCGAUUGUUGGAAGCACGAUUUGCGAAUUUGACCGGAAUGAUACCACUACCACAGCUAUCACAUCAGGAACGCGAUUCUGCUAUUUUUGAUAUUGACGAGGUCAGCCAUAUCCAACAUAACAGUGACGAAGACGAUGCUGGCUCAAUCGGAAGCCCUGUAACAGAUCAGCGAAUGUCAUUCGAUUUCAAAGUUCCUGAAGUGCCGUUGGCACGAAUAUCCACAUAUAAACGUCUAAGUCACCGACCGCAGCAAAGUGAACAAGAAUCAACCGUUCCUACGGAUAGACGGCGAAGUAUUCGAUUGCAGCAAGAUGUUGAGCAACCACAUAUCGAUAGCUAUUCCACUGACAGACGGCGCAGCGUUCGAAUACAGCAGUCUGAAGAACAGCCAGAUAUCGAUACCAUUUCUACGGACAGACGACGCAGUGUUAGAGUUCGAGAAAACGUAGAGCAAUCGGUUAUUGACACCGUCCCUACGGAUAGACGACGCAGUGUUCGAAUUCUGCAAAACGCAGAAAAACGAAAAUCAAUUGCACCACAACUGCCAUCACCACCUGCACCUAAACGACGUCGGACAACGAUCAGUAAAAAAGCACGCCGAGAGAGCAACAUUGGCGAAAUCGUAUCCAAAGCGGAUCAUUGCAAAAACGUCCUGAACCUGUUGAAUAAGGGCGAUAUGAAAGGCAUCCAGGUACUGCCACAGAUUGGCAUGAAAACAGCUUACUGCAUAAUAACGCACAGAUCGCUCAACGGCAAAUUCAAGAGUUUCGAAGAAGUGGCAGCGGCUCCUUUUUGGCGUGGUAAAGGUUGGGAGCGGUUUGAAAAGGCCAACAACCUGUGUUAAUUCAUCCAUUCUCAAUGUCAGCUACCGAUUCACUAUGUGCAUCAAAUCAUCAAAAGAUGAGAGAGAGAGAGAGAGAAAAAAAAACUUUGCAAGUUUUCUGUAUAUUUUAUAAGAAGCUUUAACUUAAUGAGCUUUGUAGGUAAUGUUUGCUAUGAUGCUACAACCCCCACAACGAAGUUUGUAAAUAUUUUGUCCGUCACAAUUUCAUUAAGAUUUUUCUUGACGAUAAAGUUCACAUUUCAUUAUUGGAUUCAUGCGAUGAAUUUCGAUCCCCAAAAAAACUGUUUUAAAAUUCAAUGUAGAAAAUAAGUUUUAAAAAAUCCGAAAUCAACCACCAAAUCGCAUAAUUGACGACUACAUCUUACGAUUUUUUAUGGCAAAAAAAUGAUUGCGAAAUUUCAAAA